GACAAGGUGAACAUGUGUGUUUGGCGGGAAAGCUAAACAUUUGCCUAGGCUUCGACAAUAAGCUAAUUUGUUUACCGCACCAACUAAGUUACCUUUCGCCUAUUUUUUGAUGUUCUUGACGUUUAUCAGGGAAUAAACCAUGUCUGAUAGAUCUACACCUUCAAGAAGAAGAAGAAAUCCCAAGUCUCCCGGUCGACCACAGGUUCCAUCAGGAAGUAGUGAUCCUCACCUCUUACCAACAUCACCUGCCAGGUUAUUGGAUGUUUCUAGAGAUGCAAUAUUGCCAAGUCCUGGAUCUAUUCUGGGUGCCAGUGAGCUGAAUUUGUCUUCUCCAUUGUUGUAUGGCACACCUGGUGCUCGUACUCCUGGUCGAACUCCUCGUGGAGCUGCUACACCAGUACGACAGAGACCUGAUCUAGGAAGCAGCAGUAAAGUUCGAACUGUUAAUGUGAACCCAGAUGCCCAACAGUCGUCUGAUGCAGCGCCGCAAAAUGCAGACAUAUCUGAUGCUGCUGAUCAACCUGCAGUCAGUAACCAACUUGUAAUAUGGGGAACGGAUGUUGUUGUCAGUCAUUGCAAGGAAAAAUUCAGUCAAUUCGUUACCAGAUUCAUUGAUCCAAAUGCAGACGGAAUGGAAGUGGAUGACAUGGAUGUCAACCAACCACUUUAUCAACAGAAACUGGAGGAGAUCAGUGUUACAGAAGAGCCAUACUUGGAUAUAGACUGCAUUCAUCUAAAGUCGUUCGAUCGUGACCUGUACAGACAACUCGUUUGUUAUCCACAGGAAGUUAUUCCAACUUUCGACAUGGCUAUCAAUGAGAUGUUCUUCACAAAAUAUCCAGAUAUUGCACUGGAACAUCAAAUUCAAGUUCGGCCUUUUAAUGCUGAACGAACCAAGAAUAUGCGAUCACUGAACCCUGAAGAUAUUGAUCAACUGAUCACAAUCGCUGGAAUGGUUAUUCGAACUUCAUCUCUUAUACCGGAAAUGAGAGAAGGAUUUUUUAGAUGCAACAUCUGCCUACAUGAGGUUGUUGUUGAAAUUGAGAGAGGCAGAAUUGCUGAACCUGCCACAUGCACCAAUUGUUCAACUGUACACAGCAUGAGUCUCAUCCAUAAUCGUUCGCUUUUCACCGACAAACAAAUGGUAAAACUUCAAGAAUCUCCGGAUGACAUGCCAGCUGGACAAACCCCACAUUCUGUUAUUUUACAUGCCUAUAGUGAUGUGGUUGAUGUUGUACAACCAGGAGACAGAGUGAUUGUGACUGGGAUUUACAGAGCUCAACCUUUUAGAGACAAUCCUAGAAUGCGGAAUGUGAAAGCUGUGUAUAAAACGCACAUUGAUGUUUUGCAUUUUCAGAAAAAGGACAGUAAAACUAAAGUCACUAACGACGAAGGAGAUGAAGUCAUCAAAUUUUCACAAGAACAGAUUGAUCAGAUUAAAGAACUGUCAAAGCGCUCUGAUAUUUAUGACAGACUUGCAUGCUCGAUUGCACCGAGCAUUUAUGAAAACGACGAUGUGAAAAAAGGAAUUUUGUUGCAAUUGUUUGGUGGAACACAGAAAGAACUAACUGCUGCUGGGAGAGGACAUUUCAGAGAUUGUCUGCAUGUUCUAUUGUGUGGUGAUCCAGGUACUAGCAAGUCUCAGCUUCUGCAAUAUGUUCAUAACAUGGUGCCACGGAGUCAGUAUACGUCUGGAAAAGGAUCAAGUGCUGUUGGAUUAACUGCUUAUAUUACGAAGGAUCAAGAUACCAGACAGUUGGUUUUACAGCCAGGUGCAUUGGUACUGAGUGAUAAUGGAGUUUGUUGCAUUGACGAAUUUGAUAAAAUGAGUGAUGGAACAAGAUCAAUUCUACAUGAAGUAAUGGAGCAACAGACGCUUUCCAUCGCUAAAGCUGGAAUUAUUUGCCAACUGAAUGCUCGGACAUGUGUUCUUGCUGCUGCUAAUCCAUGCGAAUCUCAGUGGAAUCAUCGUAAAACAAUCAUCGAAAACAUCAUGCUGCCUCACACAUUGUUGUCAAGAUUUGAUCUGAUAUUUCUGAUCCUCGAUCCACAAGAUGAAGCAUUUGAUCGUCGACUCGCCAAUCAUCUAGUUGGUUUGUAUCAUCAAAGUCCAGAAGAUGCAGAAGUUGAAUAUUUGGAUAUGAGUAUAUUGAAGAACUACCUGACAUAUGCCCGAACUUACAUCAAACCUCGUCUUGGUGAAGAAGCAAGUCAGUCCUUGGUUCAAGCUUAUGUUGAAAUGAGAAAAGGUGGAGCAGCCGGUGGAAAUGUAACUGCAUAUCCAAGACAAUUGGAAUCCCUGAUAAGGCUGGCCGAGGCUCGUGCCAAGAUUAGGCUUUCUAAUAAAGUUGAAAAUUAUGAUGUUCAAGAAGCUUUGAGAUUGUACAGGGAAGCUAUCAAACAAUCAGCCACUGAUCCAAGGACUGGAAUCGUUGAUAUUUCGAUUUUAACUACCGGCAUUAGUGCUACUGCUAGAAAACGACAUGAAGAAUUGAAAGCUGCAUUGAAAUCAUUGAUCGACCAAGAGAAAGGCAAAGGACCAUCCAUUAAAUGUCGACCCUUGCUUGAAAAAUGGCGAAACCAGGCUGAUCAGGUAAUCACUCAAGCUAUGUUCGAUGAAGUUGUUCGCGCUCUACAAGAAGACGAGUAUCUUGUACGCACUUCCGAUGUCAUAAGACUUUGUUAAACGUGGUGCUGUUGGUUGCCGAGAAUCCAUCUUUGGUGCAUAAUCAAGAAAUUUAUAUUUCAAUGCCCAACUUUUGUAAGAUAAUAUGUAUAUAGUUAUUUCAUCGUGUUCCUUUGAUUUCACACAACCAUGGAAAUAAACUUGUUCUCUAGCAUUAUA